AUGAUCGGGCCGGACUUGGGUCGCAAAGUAUUUUGGUCGGAUCGGGCCGGGCCGAACUUAGAAUUUUAAAGCAUGCGUGGAUUUAUAAUUUAUGUAUAUACUCAGUACCGAGAAAUCAUAAAAAUAUAAAUAUUAGCUUGAGAAAUACAUUUACACCGCUUAGCCAGCAAAAGCAUUACAGAUGCAAGACGAAAAAACGCAAAGUGGUUGGACCCGGGCAGAUAACGGGUGGUGCAAAAGUUUUGCAUUAAUUUUGUUUUUUAUAUAGCGUUGCCAUGGAAUAUCGUAGAGACUUUAUUCUUUUUUUGUUAGAAAGAGCAAAGUGUCUAGUACAAAAAUAUAUAAAAGAAUUUGAUCAGAAAUGCUUCCCAAAGGUCAUAAAAAUCUUAGAAGAAAAGCCAUCGUGGAAUUUUUCUGCAACUUCGGUCACAAUUUUUUAUCCAAAUAUAUUUGUUGGACCUUUUUCACUACCCACUCUCGAUGUUUUCGAGCACCCUAUAUGUACAUUUGUUCAUUAAUACAGCGUUUUCUCUACAUAAAAGUUAUACUUGAAGUAUUUCCUAAGAUUUUUUAUAGCGGUUUAUCGUAGAAAGUUCAUUCUUUUGUGUUUAAACAAGAAAAAGAAAGUACAUGGACUGACCGGCGCCGAUUUUGAAUUAAGUCUUAGGUUUUUGUCAAACUGAAGAUUUCAGAAAACCCGAAAGGAUUUUUCGGGUUUUAGUCGUUGUUGGCCACGGAGAGUUUGGUCAAAAUCGGAUGUACGGUGUCAGAGACAAUUUCUGACGGCAGGGGAUCCUUAACAAGGAACAUGUCAGAGGAACACUGGGAUCAUUUUGCACUAGUUUGUGUGACGAAAUUGUGAUGUAAAGUUUUUGAAGCCUUUCUCUCAAAAUUUUCGCGAAAACGUAUUUUUCCCAAAUUUUCUAGAGAUGGAUGGAUUAUAUGCAGAAUUUUACGCUGAUCACGAAUAUCACUUAUAUAUCUGAAAAAAUUUAGUUUUCAUAGAGAAAUUACUGACGAGGGAACUGCCCCAAGUGUCCGCUCGCUUUUUUCUUGAAACCUAGUGGAGAAUAGGUUAUCGACUAUGCUGAUUCCGAAUAUGACAAUGGUUUUUGCUGCUAGGCCUUCGAAGACCU